CAGCCUGAGCUCACCACCCUCCAUUUCAAGAAGUCCAAAAAUCCCACCGCUAGGCGACAUUCUCCAUCACUCGCCUUUCACACUCGUCACUUGCUCCCUUUCUGUAACAAUGGCGUCCCAUCUCGGCGUCAAUCCACGCGUCGCGCACCUCCAUCCAUACAAGCACGAGUACAGGCACCCUUUUCAUCAAUUACCGGCACUUGAGAAAGUGCUACUGGUUCAGGGAGCAAGAAAGAGGAGCGGAGGAGGACGGUUGAGAGCUAAGGUUCCUGAUGGCGGGGACUCGUACUUGGACAUGUGGAAGAAUGCAGUGGAUAGAGAGAGGAAGGCCAUCGACUUCCAGAAGAUCGUCGAGACCUCCGCUGGGACUGAUAAUCGGAGCUCGGAGGAAUUCGAGAAGAAGAGCGUGGAGUUCCAGAAGAUUCUGGAAGUCCCCAGGGAGGAACGGGAUCGGGUCCAGCGAAUGCAAGUGAUCGAUCGGGCGGCCGCAGCCAUUGCCGCGGCACGCUCGAUUCUUGAGGAGACCGGGUCUACGUCGCAGGGCGGGAGCUCCGGCGAUUUCGGGACUUCGGGGGUGAGUGGCGAUGCUAAUCAAGAAGGUACUCGGGGUAGGAGCAUAUUUGUGUCUCGAGCAGAAAGUUCUGGAAGUGGAACUCCUGGUCCAGAUUUUUGGUCGUGGUCACCUCCUGUGGAUGGUGAUAGAAGCUCAGAUGGUGUUAAUGACACGUUGAUAGCUGGACUAUCUUCUGUGUAUCCAAUUCCAACCAACCCGAUUGUUGAGAAAGAACGGUCUGUGGGGUUUCUCUCAAUCCCAUUUGAGAGUAAACUCUCUGAAAACAGCCACAACCCUCCUCUUCCACCCCUUCAGUCAUUGAUUGAGGUUGAGAAAGUUGAAGCCUCUGAGUCUGGUCUGGUGACACCUUCCUUAAAAGAGGAACAGGAACUUGGCUUUCAAUUUUUUGCACAUGCGGCAGAAGCAGCUCAUGCUCUUGAUAAGGUGGAUGAGCCUGCAUCCCAUGGAGUGAGUCCUGAUGGGUCAAAGUGGUGGAAGGAGACAGGAGUUGAGCAAAGACCUGAUGGUGUGAUUUGCAGGUGGACAAUGUCCAGGGGUGUUAGUGCUGACCAAGGUGUUGAGUGGCAAGAGAAGUUCUGGGAGGCUGCUGACGAGUUUGGCUGCAAGGAACUUGGUUCAGAAAAAUCUGGACGUGAUGCAACAGGAAAUGUUUGGCGCGAAUAUUGGAGAGAAUCAAUGUGGCAGGAUAGUGGGCUUGUUCACCUUGAGAAAACUGCAGACAAGUGGGGAAAGAAUGGAAAAGGUGAUGAAUGGCAAGAGAAAUGGUGGGAACAUUACAGUGCCUCUGGCCAAGCAGAAAAAUGGGCACACAAGUGGUGCAGCAUUGAUCCGAACACACAGCUGGAGGCUGGACAUGCCCAUGUUUGGCAUGAAAGGUGGGGCGAGACUUAUGAUGGACGUGGUGGCAGCAUGAAAUACACUGACAAAUGGGCUGAACGUUGUGAGGGUGAUGGUUGGACAAAGUGGGGUGACAAAUGGGAUGAAAACUUUGAUCCCAAUGGUCAUGGUGUCAAACAGGGAGAGACUUGGUGGGAAGGCCAGUACGAUGAGAGGUGGAAUCGAACAUGGGGUGAGCGCCACAAUGGCUCUGGAUGGGUUCACAAGUAUGGGAAGAGCAGCAGUGGAGAGCACUGGGACACUCACGUGCAACAAGAUACAUGGUAUGAAAGAUACCCUCACUACGGUUUUUAUCACUGCUAUGAUAACUCUGUCCAGCUGCGGGAAGUUCGGAAUCCAUCUGAGCUGUCAUAAACUAUAUACUUCAUUUUAUUUUGUUAUUAGCAUUACUAGUUUAUGGAAUUACCUUUGUUGCUGCAAAGGAUGGCAGUAUAUGUUAUAUGGUUCAUGGUUCCUCCGUACAUAUGUUCAUCAUAAGUCACAGAUCCCUUUCCCUAUAUGGUCACGCUAUGAGGUGCUCUAACUUCCUUGUCAAUACGGGUUUUGAACCCCUGUGAUCU